AUUGAAAACCAGAUAGAACUGAAUCAUGUCCAUUUUUAAGAAGGGAAACAACUAAUUCUUGUUCACACCGCUUGAAUAGAUACGCGCUUUUCGCUCCGCCUUCGGUCACUAAAUAUCCAUUGCGAUUCCGUACAUUCCAUAUCUUAGCGUUCACAUUUGGUGACUCGGCUGACUGAGUGAGAAAGGAGCUCGAAAGAAUAAAGAUGUUCAGCAAAUUGCAGAGACAGGUGUUAGCCGCUGGAAAUGUCUGUCAUAAGGUAACUGGUCUACAACAGCAGGUCCGUAGUGUCGCUAACAUCACAGCCAAAUCCCAGGCCGUGUUUGAUCGAGAGGAUAAAUACGGGGCCCACAACUACCACCCCCUCCCUGUCGCCAUCUGCAAAGGAGAAGGUGUAUACAUGUGGGAUGUUGAUGGCAAUCGAUACUACGAUUUUCUUAGUGCUUACAGUGCUGUAAACCAAGGACACUCGCACCCAAAGAUCAUCAAGGCUCUAACCGACCAGGCAUCGACCUUGGCCUUGACCUCCAGAGCAUUCUACAACAAUGUGCUGGGGGAGUAUGAGGAAUAUGUCACUAAACUUUUUGGCUAUGAUAAGGUGCUCCCCAUGAAUACAGGUGUGGAGGGGGGAGAAACAGCCAAUAAAUUAGCCAGGAAAUGGGCCUACAAUGUAAAGAAAAUCCCGAAGAACAAGGCCAAGAUAGUGUUUGCAGAGGACAACUUCUGGGGACGAACUUUAGCGGCCAUUUCUAGUUCUACCGACCCCUCAAGUUACGAGGGGUACGGACCCUACAUGCCAGGCUACACAAUUGUGCCAUAUAAUGAUAUUCCAGCUUUAGAGAAAGAGCUACAGGAUCCUAAUUGUUGUGCUUUCAUGGUGGAGCCCAUUCAGGGAGAGGCCGGUGUUGUGGUCCCAGACGAGGGGUACCUGACCAAAGUCCGGGAAUUGUGCACCAAGUACAACGUACUAUGGAUCGCUGACGAAGUCCAGACUGGACUCUGCAGAACUGGAAAAAUGUUGGCUGUUGAUCAUGAGAAUGUAAAGCCAGAUCUCCUGAUCCUGGGGAAGGCACUGUCUGGAGGCAUCUACCCUGUCUCAGCAGUUCUAGCUAAUGAUGAAGUCAUGCUGACAAUUAAGCCUGGUGAGCAUGGUUCUACGUAUGGAGGUAAUCCACUCGGAUGUAAAGUCGCCAUCGCAGCAUUAGAGGUCUUGCUAGAAGAGAAGCUAGCAGACAAUGCAGAAAGGCUGGGAAAGGUACUGAGAAGUGAACUUGCCAAGCUUCCAAAGGAAAAGGUGAAAAUUGUAAGAGGCAAGGGUCUACUUAAUGCCAUCGUCAUCAAUGAAAAAUAUGAUGCCUGGGAAGUGUGUUUAAAACUAAGAGACAAUGGACUGCUGGCUAAGCCCACACACGGUGACAUCAUCAGAUUUGCCCCGCCCCUUAUCAUCAACGAUGAACAGUUAAACAACUGCAUCAACAUUAUAAAGACCACCAUAGACAAGCUAUAAAGAUAGAGUAAAUAGCAGGAUUCUUCAUGCCAUGCAUAAUAUAAAUAUUGGUGAAACAGAAAAAACCUAGAGGAUAAUUAGUCAACAACAGAGGAAAUUCGGGAAUAAGAGAAGUCAGAAAAUGUCUAUUGUGUUAAAAAAAAACUAUUCUCAAAACUCAUUAUAGGAAGUUUUUUUCUUUCCAUUUUGUCAAUUAAUUGGCAAAGGUAGAAAGAUGCAAGAAGAUUUGUUUGAAUAUUCAACGUAUAGUUUUAAUAUGUCAACUUUAAAAUUGAAUUACUUUUCAAUUUAGUUUAUACUUUUUUCGUGAAAGUUUGAAAUCCAUUUUGUUCAUAUCUUCUAUGCUUGUUUUAAACAUAAUUGAAGGGAGUUUUUGUUGUAAGCAGCAUGGCUUUAUUUUUGUAAGUUUGUUAAAAAAAAAAAUCAAAUUUUUCUUUUUGGUGUGAUUAAUUUUAUUGUCGUAGCAAUGGGCAUUUCUUUUGCUGGAUCAGUUUAAAAGUGAAAAACUAUUUAAAAGUGAAACACUUAUAGUGCUUUUUAUUUUUUCUACAUGAAAUCUCAUUUUCAACACAAAAUCUCAGUGCUAUUUUUACAGUAUCAACAUUGUAUAAUUUUUCCAAUUGAAGUUGUUUCAUCAAAAUUUUAUUUUGGUGUAAUACAACAGUGUGAUAGAGGUUUGUAAUCUCUUAAUUUAAAAGUUUAUUUUUAUUUCAUUGAUAUGUUUAUCAAAGAUCUGAUGUAAAAGAUCAGGGAUUUGUCUCAGAUGUAUUGAUGUCCAUUUGUUAUUUUUGAAAUCGUUUCAAAUAAAAGUCUCUUUUGCAAGCUUUUAAAA